AUGCCACUGACCGCCGCGCCGCACAAGCAAGUGUACCAGUUCCUUGUGGUUAACGUGGGGCUGCCCGUGAUGAUCUACUACGUCGGCCGAGAGUUCACACUGGUGUUGGCGUUGUCGGCGAUCCCACCAUCCAUUGCAGCCCUGGUUGAAAUGCUGGCGAGCCAGACGGUGGAUCCGCUCUUAGUUCCCGGCAGUGAGGAAGUAGAAAAGGAGUACCAAGAACAACAGCGGAAGCAGCCUGAACGUCGGCGGAUCAAUAAGGCUAGCCGCCCCCCUAAGAAAAAGCGUAUCGACCACGACAAGGAAGCAUGUUCGGCAACCGAAUGCAGGAUUCUAUACACGACGCUACAUACCAGCUCGGGUAAGCCCCAUCGCAUUACCUGCAUGGACAUAGCUUUCCUGGUGUGCUGGGUGAAGAAGCAGGAAACCUAUGAGGACAAGCUACGGGCGAAUGGCAACAACGAGUGUCGAGUGGCAACGGAGUGCUGUGGAGUGCCCAUCAACUCACCACAGCCUUCAGAAGGCUACAUGCACUUAUGUGUGUUGUACAACCAGCGACGAAGUGGACAGCCACCAAGUCAGAAAUGCAGAUAUAUUGCCGGGCGCUGGGCCUUUGCCGACAUCCUGCGCGAACAGCUCGAUCGAACCCAUGCGCUGCCAGCAGAGAAGCAGCUAUGGUUCAAAGCGUGGCCGUGA